AUUUGAUAGAUUUUCAUAUACAUCCGACGUUAAUGUAAAACAAAAGAGGAAAAGGGUGAUCUUGCUAAACCGAAAGACUGGAUUUUAACUAAAAACGGUUAAACCAGACUUAAUAAAUCGUCGAACGAAUUUCGGUUUAUGAGCGAAUCGCAAAGUCAGAAUCUCGUACAGUAGUUGCAGAGUAAGUCCAUGGAGAAGCUGAGGAAGGUGGUGAACGAAAUCGCCUACACGCGAGUCCAUACUACUUCCCCUGCUCUUCACCGCUCUCUCGUUCCCAUCCUCACACUCGCUUCUUCUCUAUACUCCGGCGCUCUCCAAAUCCGCCGCUCUCUCUACCGCUUCUCACUCUUGCAGAAAGACCGAUUACCGGUUCCGGUGAUCAGCGUUGGGAAUUUAAGCUGGGGAGGUAAUGGGAAGACGCCAAUGGUGGAAUACAUUUCUCAACUCCUCGUUGAUUCUGGAAUUUCACCUCUUAUUCUCACUCGUGGUUAUGCUGGUGGAGAUGAAGCCAAAAUGCUUGAAAGACAUCUUCGUGGUGGACCGGUAAAGAUUGGUGUUGGUGCAAACCGGGCAGCUACUGCUGCUCUGUUUUUGGAAAAGUAUGGUUGUGUAGAUCCUUCUACUUUAAGGACAUUCUUUGAUCUUCAUGAAAGAGCAGAAGCCAGGACCAUUUCUCAAAAAAUUGGUUCUAUCAUUCUAGAUGAUGGGAUGCAGCAUUUGAGUUUGUCUCGUGAUCUCGAGAUUGUGAUGCUUAACGGGCUGAAUCCGUGGGGAAAUGGUCAUUUGGUUCCCCUUGGUCCUUUACGAGAACCUCUUGUGGCGCUUGAGCGGGCAGAUAUUGCUGUAGUCCACCACGUGGACUUGAUUACUAAACAAAGCCUCAGAGAUAUUGAGAACAUGGUCCAAGGAUUCAAAAAGUCGAUCCCGAUUUUCUACUCCAAGAUGGUGCCCAAUUACUUGUUCGAAGUUAAAAAUGCUAGGUCACAUGUAGCUUUAGAAGCAUUGCGCUGUGCCUCUGUGCUAUGUGUUUCCGCAAUUGGAUCUGCUGACGCAUUCGUCAAGAGCAUCGAGAUGACUGGAGCACAUUAUGUUGAUAGACUUGAUUUCAGUGAUCAUCAUUUAUUUGAAGCACAGGAUGUCGAAACUAUGAGGAGGAGAGCAAAUGGACUAGAGCACAAAUCUAAUUCCAAGCCUAUCAUUGUAGUAACUGAAAAGGAUUAUGAUAGAGACCCCGAGAUCCUCAAAUGUCUGGACUCAUACACAGUCUUAGUGCUAUGCUCUGAGUUGCAAAUAACUCCUAUUAGGGGAACUGAUGUGGAUAGCUUUAAUUCUACACUUAUGAGAGCUCUAGCUGCUAAGUUUUAUGUUUACAGUUAGAUUCAAGGUUAUAUUAUUGCAUUUUGUUAUUGUUUUAUUACUCUUAGGAAUUUGAUGAUGUAUUUAUUUUAUUCUUAGAAGGCAUUGUAUUUUAAAUAAA